AUGUCAUAUCUAGACAUGGAUGCUCCUUUAAGGACUGAUCAGUCUUUUCGGAAUAAACAAGAUGAGUAUUAUCAUAAAGAUUCCAGUCCAUUAGAAGACUUGCCAGUAAACAUUACCUCAGUUGUAGUUCUAGAAUACAUGCAUAAUAUAUGUUUAGGUGUAAUGAAAAAAUUAAUUACAUUUUGGGUAAAAGGUAAAAAAACUGUUCACUUAGUUGAUCCUGAAAUUGUAUCUGAUGAAUUAAUCAACUUAAAAUUAUUUUUGCCAAGUGAAUUUAGUCGCUUUCCUAGAACAUUAGAAGAGUGUGAAUUUUGGAAGGCCACAGAAUUCAGAACAUUUUUAAUUUAUACUGGACCUAUUGUGUUAAAAGGGCGAUUAAAAAAAACGCUUUAUGAACACUUCAUGCUUUUAAGUUGUGCAGUUCGAAUUUUACUUUCUUCUGAAACUUGUUAUACCCUUAACAAUAUGGCUAAAAACUUAUUAAAACAAUUCGUUAGUGAUUAUCCUAAUUAUUAUGGUAACGAAUAUGUUGGUUACAAUGUCCAUGGUUUACUCCACAUGACCGAUUUUGUUUUAAUUCAUGGCCCCCUGGACGCUUUUAGUGCUUUUAAAUAUGAAAACUACUUACAAUUUGUAAAAAAAAUUAGUAAAAAUUCCAAACACCCUCUUCAAGAUACAUAUAACCGUAUUAUGGAGAAAGUUAAUAGUCAGCCUUAUGAUGUGUCUCUUCAUUAUCCUAUUCUUAAAAACGAAUUAAAUUAUGACUCAUCCAUAAAUAAUGCAUUAACUGAAACAUUAUAUGAACAAUUAGUACUAGAGAACUUUGUUGUGAGUUCUAAGAAUAAUAAAGAUAUAUUUUUCUUAUUAAAAAGUCACGAUAUAGUUAAAGUGAAUAAAAUAAUUAAGUACACAAGUGGACAAAUUAAAAUUGAAGUAGUUAAAUAUGAACACUGUACUAUGUUUCAUAGUCCUGUACCUUCAGAUAUUAUUAAAAUAUUUUAUAUUAACAAAGUUUUCCCUAAUGUUUUAAUUUUGAUCAACAUGGACGUUUUACUACAUAAGUGUUUUGUAGUACCAAUAAGUAAUGAUAAACUUAUUGCUAUAGCAUUAAUUCAUGAAAAUAUUUAA